AAGUGUGGCUGCCUGUGGAGAACACGGAUAAAUCUGCACACCCCACGGCACAAAGGAUUUGAGUUUGAGAGCCCAUUUUUUAGCAGGAGCUGAGCAGACGAAUAGGAUGGGAGAAGCCCCGGCAUAUAUCUCAGCAUUGGUGAUACAGGCUGCAGCUUUGCUCCUGUUGAUCGUCUUCUCGGCUUUCUGCAGAGCGGCUGCAAGUGCUACAUUACGCCUAUUGAUAGACUCUUCAAGGUGGGGAGAGGGGGGAAAAAGAGGGAGGAAUGUUGAGAAUAUCAUAUGCAGGUCAGUCAGAUUUAGCGGUUCCAGCAUGGGCUUAUCGUUGCCUUGAUAUUUGUAAUUUGCAUUGAGUACUAUACCUCCGUAACACUUUUAUUAUUACUAUUGCCAGAAGCUUGCUACUGUAUUUACUACCACAGGAUUAUUAUUACUACUAGGACAAAUGUGCGGUAACUAACCAGAGACCAGUCACUGCCACGUCAAUGUGAUCCAAAAUUCUUAGCCACAAUCAAGGCGAUCCAAGUUAGGGGAGGGUGAAAUGAUUCAUCGAUGAUGGUCUUCCAUCCUUCUCCGCCAUGUAAAUUUCUAGCUCGUACCCUUGGGGAGUUCUAGCUCGUAAAUUAAAAAGGAAGCUUGUGGAGGGGCAACGGGAACGGGAAAAAGGAACACAAAUUAUUGCAGAACUUCGUUAUUUACUCGUCUGAAAGAUGAGAAUCUCAAUUUCCAGGAAUCUAGGAUGCAUUGAGCUAGAGCAGACAAGGCACAGGGCGACAGGGCAUCAAUGUCCGCCCAUUGUUUGCGCCGACAGGAGUGUGCCAAUGGGAUGGCUGGCUGGAUAGGACAUAUGGCUUGUUUUGGCUUCUGAUUUUCUUUUAUAUUUUAUAUUCUGUAUCCAUUUUUCUGCGUCUACGCGCAGUUAGCCUCUGUUUACCCUGGCUGUGGUCGAACGCGAGCCCGCAAAGCUAGCUCUGGUGGUGGUUGCAACCCUCGUCGGCGCUAUUCGCUCCCGCACAAAAACUCGUCACCACAAAAACUUUUUGUCCCACUCCCGCCGCCCUCUUUUUUUUUCUCUCUUCAUUCAACCUCCACAACUCCGACAACAACCACCACAACCAUCACCACCACCACUACCACUACCAACUCGACAGAAAUCAUUAGCUCAGCACUUCACAGCAGCUGUUUCAAACCCUUGUCUCUCGACCUUCUUUAUUAAUAUCUUCGUCGAGCCCAUCGUCCACUUGUCUGUCCCUCCUGCACGACAAGUGUCCACUUCAAAUCCCGAUCGAGCCCUCGCCUCACCAACUUUUCCCACAACAGAACCCGCGCCUUUGGGACGAACACCCCCAAAGGCACUUUGCCCACAACGGCUUCCGAAGCCAAACAUCCCUCUUUACGUCCCCUCUCCCCUCUUCCAUUUUUCACCAGCGUUUCCAUCCUCUUAACGCGCUUGGCUGUCCUUCAAGUAGCUCUCCGCAACCCGUCUUUUGUGCUCGUUGAUCCCUCAGCGCACAACCCCCUCGUUCCCCAGAACAUUAAGCUGCCGCAUAGGACUUCUCUACAGGUUCUUCCUCUUCAGGAGGAAGAGUCGAGGAGGCUAGGUCCAGUCAAUUUCGGUUGUGUUGAGACGUUCCGACCACCCUAACACGAAUCCAUACGCCCGGGUUAAAAGGUCUACCCAUCUAUCCUAAACGAAAGAAAAAACUCAUAUAUAUAUACAAGUUCUUUACACUUACAACCUACCAAAACUCAACCCGGCAUUAUCCUUUUGGAUGGUUAUGGCACCUUUUGCCUUCGUACCCCAUGAUAUAUAUGUGCACCAAAAUUAUCCUGACGACAGUAAUAAUUACAAGUCCUCUCACAAUCAUGGCGGGUUCGAUUUGUUUCAAGCUAGGGAAGCCUCCAAGGACCUGAUCUUUGAGAUUUUAAAGGAGAAAGUCGCGAAGAUCGAUAUCCACAACUGCCACCCCGGCGAGGAAGACCCAUUCUAUGUCGCAGAUCUGGGUCAGGUUUAUCGCCAGCAUAUCCGUUGGAAGAAGAAUCUGGGACGUGUGAAGCCGUUUUACGCUGUCAAAUGCAACCCCGACCCUCAAGUCCUGCGUCUCAUGGCGAAACUGGGCAAUGGCUUCGACUGUGCGUCCAAAGCGGAGAUCGAUUUGGCCCUUGGUGUUGGCGUCGACCCGAGCCGUAUCAUUUAUGCACAGCCGUGCAAGACGAAGUCCUAUCUCCGCUACGCCUCACAGGUGGGCGUCAAGCAGAUGACCUUUGACAAUUCCGAUGAAUUGUACAAGAUCAAGGAAAUGUGCCCUGAUGCCGAACUGUAUCUCCGCAUCUUGACGGACGAUUCUGCUAGCCUGUGCCGCUUGAGCAUGAAAUUCGGAGCCUCCCUCUCCAUUGCACGCUCUCUGCUCGAGUUGGCCAAGGAGCUCAAGCUCAAUGUCGUUGGUGUCAGCUUCCACGUCGGGUCGGGAGCUGAGGACCCGAGGUCAUUCGUCAAGGCCGUGGAGGAUUCCCGCUACGUAUUUGACCAGGCUGCUGAAGCUGGGUUCGAUCUCAAAGUCCUUGAUGUCGGUGGGGGCUUCUCUGAGGAUACCUUUGAACGCUUUGCAGCUACCCUCAGCGACGCUCUUGAUGAGCAUUUUCCUCCCCAUAUCCGCGUCAUCGCUGAGCCUGGGCGCUACUAUGUCGCGUCAGCGUUCACACUGGCUGCGAACGUAAUUGCACGUCGUGAUGUCAGUCUGGAAAUGUCUGACUCCGCCUCUACGGAUAGUGCCACCGAAGCCUACAUGAUCUAUCUGAAUGAUGGUGUCUACGGCAACUUCUCCAACAUCAUCUUCGAUCACCAGCAUCCGGUGCCGCAGAUUCUGACAAUGGGAAGCCCAGUCUGCACGCCAAUCGAGUAUUCAAUCUGGGGCCCGACCUGUGACGGCAUCGAUUUGAUCACGGAACGCACCACCCUCCCUGGAGCCCUCGACGUCGGCAAUUGGCUCUACUUCGAGAACAUGGGUGCAUAUACCAAGUGCAGCGCAACGCGUUUCAAUGGGUUCACCGAUAAACAUGAAGUCAUUUACAUCUCCACUGAGCCCAGUGCUACCGCGUUACUGGAAUACUCGAACGAUAUUUGAGAGAAUCGUUUAUCGGCUUAAUUCAACCAAUGAAAAUGCAAGUAACGAAGUGGGAAAGAAGUAUGAUGGUGGCUACUGUCGUUAAUAUUAUGCCAUGAGAAUGUGAGCUUUCUUUUCUUAGGCACAGCCUGGAAGUAAUAUCGGGGAUUGCUUGAUUUAUAUUCUUGCAUUUAGAGAAAGAAAAAGGAAAGAAAAGGGAAAGAAACCAAAAAAAAAUAUUUUUUUCUGAUAAUAUAAUGUCUUGUUUUUGUCGGGAUUCUUCCCUCUCUAACUUGAUAAUUUUUGGUUAGAUCUCUGGACGAUUUGUUUUGGUUUAAUUAAUACAUUUACCUAUCAUCUAUAUUCAGAGUUAGUUUCACGUACAGUGAGAGAAAAAAAGUUUGGCAUAUUAUCUAGUUCCUCUUGUUCCUCUAUUCCCUUUCUACACUUUUCUACAGCCCACUUCCUUUAUUCCCCUCAAGCAGGUAGAUACAUGCACUCCUAUUCCGGGGAGAAGGAUGUGAAUGAAGGCGAACCAGACCCUAAAUCAUGAGAAGUGCAAUCGCCAUCAUCUUUCAACCCUGUUCUCCGAACAAUUUCCCUGCAUUUGUCCACUCUGAAUAAACAUGGGGUGAAAGACAAUGUGCAGCUAAUCAAUUGUCCUCCUCUUUCUACUGACCUAUCUAUUUCUUUGUCUACUACUUUGUCCUACUUCUUCACGGUACUUUGCAGAAUACUCGUAAAGAAGUUUGUAUCCCCGGUCCCAAAUAGGAUAACUACUUGUCAAGCAUGAAAACCCCUGAUAUCUGUCGUCUCAGGUCAUGAGGAAGAGCGGAAUGAGAGGGGAAGGAAAAGGGAGUUGCGUCCCUUUGAGUAAUUGAAGGAAAAGCAUGCAACUCAAUCUCUUAUGCUUUAAUGAUGCAUAGAUGUUUUGAAAUAGUGCGUGUGUAGAGGAAUGAUAUUUGUAAAAGAGCAAAAUCCUUGAUCUCUCUGCCAGUUCCAAUGUCUUCCUAUUCAUUCUUUCCCCUCCUUUUUAUCUAUCCAGAUGUUGUGAAAUGCAGGUACCCUGCCUGCAACAAAAGAAAAUACUAUAAACACAAAUAUAUACAUUCCAUAUAGCAAAAUAGCGCGGUUGGCAUGGUAUACCGCAGCAUUUACAUCAAUCAUCUUCUCUUCUUCACGCUCCCUUUUCCCCAAUAAACCCGUAUACGCCAAACAUCAAGCAAGACGCUCCACCUUCACCUCACCUCUUUUCUCCUCUCCAGAGUCGCCUGCGACCUCCAGCAAUCCGCCACUCUCCAGCUUCCGCGACCACUUGUGAGAUUCACCCCUGGCAAGGAUAAGCGUCAUACGCGCAAUUAUGGCCUGCUCGGGCGGCGCUGCUGCUGCUGUUUCACCGUCACCACUGCUUUUAGAAGCGCUGUCUAUCGAGGCUGGGGAGUGGGUAUAUGUCCAUCGGCCGAAGGCCCAGUUAAGAAUAUAAUUCUGCGUCUUGAUGCCACCUGCUCCGCUGCCAGAAGGGGCAGCUCCAUUGACAUUCACGUCUCCCUCCUGCGUUGGUUGUGAUGUAGGCACUUGAGCCUUCUCACCUGACGAGUCUUCCGGAGGCGAAUCGGCCGGGAAUUGAAUGAUGGCUUUUAUCCUGUAAACCUCAUCCUUGGGCGCAGAGAGGAGGAGGGUGAUCAAUGCCUCCGGAUUCACCGUAUCAGACUCCUGAGAGCUGGUGAGCGAGACGGAGAGCACGUCCACUUCGGAUUGGUGCUCAUUUUCCCCAGGCUCACCAAGCCCAUGGUUAUGCUCUUGCACAUAAGCAUCCUUGGCCACUGUGUUAUCGCCUCCAUUUAACAAAACCAAAUCCAGCGAUGCAUGUCCGCGAUCCGACAUCUCCUUGGCCAGCAACGCCCCGUCAAUCCCCAGUAGGACAUCCUUGUCCACCAAACCCUUCGUCGAUUUCACCCAGGCAGUAUCAAGCUCCAGAUCAGCCACGCGGUCCAAACACAUAUCAAACCGCUCCUCCGGCACGUCCUCCCAUUUAUUGAAAAUAAUCAAAUCCGUGUACUUCGCCUGUAACUUCGCCGUGUACGAUGUGUCCUCAUACCCUUCCCAAUUCUCCACGUCAAUCACGCUGAUGACCCCAUCCAGGACGAAUUGGCCAUUAUUCUCGCGCGCGACGCGGUUCACUUCCAUCGCCAACGUGGCUGGGAAUGCGCUCCCGCUUGUCUCGAUGACGAUGCGGUCUGGCUUUACUUCAUCGCGGAGUUGGAGGAGGGCGUCGCCUAGUUGUCCCACCAGGUUGCAGCAGAUGCAUCCGUUCAGGAGCUCGCGGACACCGGAGAUGGAGUUCGCGGCGGCUAUCUGUGAGUCUACGGCUAGGUCUCCAAAUUCAUUUUUUAGGAGUGCUAGCCGGUAGUCUGGGGGCAAUUGCUUGACGAGAUUGAGCAGGAUGGUUGUUUUGCCCGCGCCGAGAAAUCCUGUGAUUAUGGUGACGGGAAUUGGACGGGACAUGGUUGUUAUUCUUGCUGUUGUUCGGAAUGGAUAGGGAACGAAUAUCUGUUUAUGGGCGUCGAUAUCGGAUAUUACUCGUCCUUUGUACUCCAAUGGCUGGUCAGAUCAGUUCGUUAGCAAUAAAUCAACCGUAAAUAAUGAGGGGAGACGAUGAUGUCAUGGGUUUCCCGCCACCUUUUUUCUGCUGAGUCAGCAACCCUAAUUUGAUCAGCCUUUGUUCAUUGGCUACAGAAAUGUUUUUAGAAACCAUUCCCUAAGAUUUACAUUACCAUGUACAAGUACGGAGGAUAGCUAUAUUGAUCAGUGUCUGGUAAUUUAUGGAGUCAAUUACAAAAGUGUAAAAAGUUUGUUCCAGGGAACAGUUUCCCGCUCUGCUUUCGUCGCGGAGCAUCUUCAACCAAAUCCAAGGAAUACAAGAGCUUCUCUCGCACUAACUUUAACACGCAUAUGCCCAGAAUAUGUACUUCUUUAUUCCUCCCAGAGAUUCUUAUCUCGGUGCCCCUCAUCGACUGAUUUGGACUUUCGGUAUUGAGCCUGGUUCCGGGAUGAACCGGAAAGCUAACUCGACUCCAGCUGAGGCUGCAGAAACAUUGUAUCAAGGGCUUGUUCCUUCAGCGGGUGAAGUUGUCCACGCCCCAAUCCUAGAUGAGGAGGGGAUGAGACUGCGAAUGUCCGUUUAACAACGCUCCAUUGGUGCAAGUGCGAGAGACGCUUGCAUUGCGUAGUUUCAGUGUCCUUACAGGCAUUAUGCUGAUUUCUUUUGCCAUGGUAGAGAAACAUAGUAAUGAGUACACAAGCUAUUGAAAUGGUGUUGGAAGCGUGGUGGAAGAUGCCUUGUAUUAAAACCACUAUAGUCAUGUCUAGUCUGUACAUGUAUGUACAUAAUGCCCUCUAUUCAGUUAUGUAUGUUGUAUAUAUCGCGCACUCCUCCUAAUAUAUUUAGUUGUCCAUAGCUUCAGCCUCAGUUGUAUAUAUAUUAUUUUCGCUCUUGUUUCCCUAUUUUCCCGCUGGCCCUCUUGUUCAUGUACCCAGAAAGAAGUGAGCGGCGAAAGUUUCCCCCGUCCAUAUUCAAAGCACCUAAAUAUUUCAUUCCCAGAUGGCCCAAAGAGGGGUAGAACGUCGCUCGGUAGAAAAAUCAAUUCAGUCCAUCCCUCUCGUUCAGUAAGGACUCGAUAUGUCCACUGAGCCAGUACCUCCUCAGCACCUCCGUAGAAACCUUUUUCGCACCAUCGACCAAACCCAGACAUUUCUCCGCGCCACAUGAGCAGCGAAACGGCUGUGCCAUCUCCCAUUCUGUGCUUGGGUAGAAGAAUCGAAGCUCCUCUCCAGCCGGAAUAUCUCUCGUGCUCCAAACUUCAAUUGCACCGGAAACCUGUUCUUCCAGCCCGACGUUGGGUGAAGCGAGCGUUGACGUUACGAAACGGACAUUGGGGUCACACGAAUGGUUGCAGUAUAGUAGAUCCGAGUUCAGUCUGAUAUGAUGCGUUGCUGAGAUUUGAACGGUGGAGUAGUCCUUUUCUGAGGCGAGAGUGGUGGACGUGUUCUUCGCGAUGAGGGUAUUAGCUGGGAUAUUCUUGCUGGCCACUGCAGUGAGAUUGAAGGAGGGACCUUCAACGGCGGCUUCUGAGCCCGAGGCGAGAGCAGGCGAAGACCGGACUGUGAUGGCGUCUGGGUGCGAUGGUUGCUUCCACGUCUGCUUUACGGGCUGAGCCGUAGGCGUCACCUGCGCCUGCUCUGUGGUUGCAACUGUCAUGGUCUGUUAUUGAUAAGACAGCUUUCGGCGGAAGGAUGGUGAGAAGAUGAUUUUGCAAGGAGUUCAAGAUUUGAUUUAGGAAUGACAGGAGGCGCCGUGAGUCAUCAGGUUCUAUGGGGUGUAAUAUUUUUUUUAUUUUCUUUUAUUUUCUUUAUCUCAGGCUUUGCAUUCUGUUCCAAACAUAUAAGAAUGAGAUGGUCCGAUUGUCACAAGCCAUUUUGUUCAUGAGCAACUGAUAGCCCUGAUACGGGCGACUUCGGUCCGACCCGAAAUUCGGAGCAAGGGAAUUAGGUUCUGUAUGUUUCAUCAAGCCCUCUCUGCCCUAGUUAAAUGGUAAUUUGUUCAGGGUUAACCUGGACAUAGGGAACAAAAUAAUAGAUUUC